GGCUUCGUUCUCAAUACGCCACUAAGGCCCAAAUCUACAAUUGCGGUAUAUACCAGGAACAAGCUCUUCGUCGAGUAAGAUAUACCAGGGAUAAUCUGUGGUAUAAUACUAUGUGUUGUUCUACAAUGCAACGAUGGCGCGAGAAUAACUGUUCCGAGUACAUUGAAAUUUUGGGUCUGGCGGUGUCCAAGCCGUAGCGGAACGCUGUCAUCGAGAUGACUGUAGAAUGUUUCAGGUAGUUUUCGAAGGGUUAUUUCGAACUUUGAUCGUGAAUUUAGCUCAAAGUUUAUAAUAGUAUCUCAAAGAAACAGUACCUAAAAUAAUUCGGCUGGUGUACGUGCUCUAUUUUCUUAAGAAAUGGAUCAAGGUGAUAAAAAACGAUGCACCAAUUUUAGUAAAGAUGAAGUGGAAAUAUUAAUGGACCUCGUGGAAACUCACCGACAUGUUAUUGAACGCAAGAAAACAGAUACUGUCACUAAUGCAGCAAAAGCGGCUGAGUGGCGCACAAUAGCCACAACGUUUAACGCUAUUUGUGGGACGGGCAGAACUGGGAAGAUGUUGCGAAGCAAAUGGGAUUCGCUCAAAAAAUCAACAAAAAAAGAAUAUGCUGAGCUUAGGAGCCAAGUAUAUAAAACUGGUGGCGGUCCACUCCCAGAUUUGAAAUUAACAGGUUUAGGAAAAAGAGUGCUAAAUUUAGUUGGUGUCUCUGCUAAGGGUACUGAAUGUGAAUUUGAUUCGGAUGCUGCUUUUGUUACCCCAAGCGAAUUAGAAUCCUUGGAAAUUGUUACAGAUGUGGAUGGAUGUUCUGCUGAAGUUGUAGAAAUCCCAGUUGCAGAUUCGGCUGAGAUCAAAUGGGACACUUGGAGUCCAGCCCUAUUGAGGCAAUCAAAACAUCCGGCGUUGAAUUUGCCUUCAAACCAUUCGGCAGAAAUUGUAGAUGAGAGUCUUACUACUGUAACGCCCAGUAAGCAGCCUCAUUUUCGAAAAAUGAAGAGGAAACCCGCAGAAAAUGGACGAAAUACACAUAUUUAUGAAGAUCUGGUCCAAAAAAAAAUUGAUUUUUUAGAUUUUCAGAAAAAUUUACUACAAAAAGAAGCGCUACAAAAAGAAGAAAGGGAAAAGGAAAUGCAUGAUCUCAAAAUCAUACAUAUGAAAGAGGAGCAUGCUCUUAAAUUGAAAGCGUUAGAAUCUCAGAUUUUAAAUAAAUCAACUGAAUAAUUCA